AUGCGUUCUUCUGGUGGACAUAUUCCUUCUUUUAAGGAUCGAGUUCCAUUUGAUGUACGAUUGCGUGAUGCAUUAAAUGUUCGAGCACAACAUCUGGAUAAAGUACCAAUUGUCAUUGAACGUUAUGAGGGAGAAAAUUCAUUACCAGUGCUUCCACGUUGCAAAUAUCUUGUACCAUCUCAUAUAACAAUCGCUGAAUUGAUGCAAAUCGUCCGCAAAAGAAUGGAUUUACAUUGGAGUCAGUCGUUUUUCAUGUUCGUUCGAAAUAAAUCUCUAAUUUCGAAUAGUAUGACGGUUGGGGAACUAUAUCAUAAAGAAGUGGACGAUGAUGGUUUUUUAUAUAUCAGCUAUGCAACUCAACUGGCUUUUGGUUUCUUGGAAUGA